UAACUCUGAUAUCCGUCGCAUAAUCACGUGACGUACCAUAUGACCACCAUCAUACAUCAACAAGAUGGCAACCAAAGACAGAUUGAACGUUUUCCCGUCUCGGAUGGCUCUGACCAACAUGAAGGCUCGUCUGAAGGGGGCACAGAAGGGGCACAGCCUGCUGAAGAAGAAAGCUGAUGCCCUCACGCUCAGGUUCAGAGCCAUUCUCAAGAAGAUUAUCGAGACCAAGAUGUUGAUGGGAGAUGUGAUGAAAGAGGCAGCCUUCUCUCUGGCUGAGGCCAAGUUCACCACGGGAGACUUCAACCAUAUUGUCCUGCAGAACGUCAACAAAGCUCAAAUCAAAGUGAAGAACAAGAGGGAGAAUGUAGCCGGUGUGAGUUUACCCAGCUUCGAGCACUACCAGGACGGGGCUGACUCGUAUGAGUUGACUGGUCUGUCUCGAGGUGGCCAGCAGAUAGACAAGUUAAAGAAGAACUACGCUCGCGCUAUUCAGCUGUUGGUGGAGCUGGCCUCGCUGCAGACAUGUUUUGUCACCCUAGAUGAAGUCAUCAAAAUUACCAAUAGAAGAGUCAAUGCUAUUGAACAUGUUAUCAUUCCACGAAUCGAGAAGACUAUAGCAUACAUCACAACUGAAUUAGAUGAACGUGAGAGAGAAGAGUUCUACAGACUGAAGAAGAUCCAGGAGAAGAAGAAGAAGUUGAAGAUAGCUGCAGCUGAGCUUCAGGCACGGAGAAAGAAGGAGAUCGGGCUGGAGAACCAGCGGGCUGCCGACCUGCUGGCCGAUGACCAUGAUGAAGAUCUGCUGUUCACCAACUAGCUGUCGGUGUAGUCACUGUGUUAAUGUGAGACAUGGCCGGGUAGUGAUGAGUGCUACAAGUUUUAAGGAAAUGGAAUGGAAGAUCAAUGAUUUAAGAAUGUUAUUGCAACCUUUUGUUACUAGUUUGUUUUGGUCUUUUACUGUAUGUCAUUUUAGUUUUAUACAAUUGGCGCAAAUUGGAAAUUCUAAAUUGCUGCCAGUUCUAAAGCUAAAUGUAUUAUGAAGUUAAAGGGCAUUUUAUGCUGCAUUUAAAUGUUCCAUUUGACCGAAGUGUUGCUGGACAGUUUGAAAUUUUAAUUCAAUACAAAAUAUAUUUGGAUAACAUUCAAACCAGAGAAAAUGAGUGAAAAUUAAACUGCUACAUAUUUCUGAAAUUAUGACUUUUUCUGACGAAGGGAAAAAAAAAUCAGGAAAAUGAUUGGAAUUGGGAUGAAACAGUGCUUAAGAGAUGCAGGAAUGCAAGAACUUGGAACUGUGACAUAUUUCAUAUUUCCCAUUGCCUGGCGACGAUAUAUUCCAUCAGUUACAGAAACUGUGAUAAAAUGAACACAUUAUCUUUUUUUCUGACUAAAACAUUGUUGAAUAAUAUUCAAGUUAACUUGUCAAGAGUAACUUAGGGUUUACUUGUUUGUUUGUCUUUAUUAUCAUGAUUAUGUUUCCAAAGUAAACAACGUAAACAUAUCCAAACUGCUCUAGUCAUCAGACAACAGUAAUUUGUGGCAACACCAUCCCAGCUACAGCAGCUUGUCCUGUACUAAAUAAACCCAUUUUGCUGUAAGUUCAUGGAUAAUCUCUUCAAUGGUCUUAAAACAAUCUCUGAAUUGAAACUGUUUCUUGUCCUACCUACAUGAAGGAGUGAAUGAAUGCUUGUUACAUGUCCAUGAUGGCAGUAUGAGGUUAAUGUUAGCAUUGUAGCCAAAGUGUGAAAGACGGCACACGAUGAUAUUUAUGUAACCAUGGUAACUGUUAAUUUGUCUGUAUGUAUAUACCAGAGUGGAAUGAUUCAUGUCAACAUGGCUGUGAUGGUGUACAUUUUGUUGAUGUUGUACUCUGAAUAUAAUUUGCAUCAUGUAUUUGUAAGGCGUACAGUACAACCUUGUUAUCUUGGAGCUCCAUCUCUAUAUUUGAAGACUAUCAGCCCUCUAAUUGGCAACGGGGCGGUAGAGUAGCCUUGUGGUUAAAGCGUCAUGCCAAAGACCUGGGUUCUAUUUCCGACAUGGGUAUAAUGUGUGAAGCCUAUUACUGGUGUCCCCCCUCCCCCCAUGAUAUUGCUGGAAUAUUGCUAAAAGCGGUGUAAAACCAUACUCACCCGCUACUAUUUGGCAACCAAAUUCUACGUUUGGUGACCAUGAAUUAUCCUUAAUCGCCACUGUGUCUACCACAUGUCAGAACAAAUUGAUGACUACCAGGUUUUCUUGGGUGUACUAUGCACCUUCCAUUAUUCAACAGAAACUAAUUCCUGUUACACACUCGUUCAUACACAGAGAAAACAACAAAAGUAGUCUACCAGUGAAUCAAUCAAAACAUACCCUGUAAAAUAACUGAGAAGAACUUUAAUGGAAAAAAGGUAAUGCAAAUUUGUGUUGAGGCAGAAUGAUUAUUGACACUGUGGUCUAAUAUCUCCAAUCCGCUUACCUUUAACUAUAGAUAGCUCUGGAUGUAUGUGAUGGUCCACAGGACUCCAAGAUAACAAGGCUUCACUGUCGACAGCUUUCAGAUUGAAUGACAUGCAGGUUCACACCAUUAGGUAUUGAACAUUAUGGGUUCAAUGUUAUGUAUAACCAGGGGUAGGUAGUAAGUUUUGGUUGAAGGUGUGUAGGUAAAUAUGGUGAUAAAAUGUCCUCAGUGAUUCUUAAUGGGAUGGCCAGAGUAUUUGCCAAUACUUGAAGCCUGCUCGCCAAAUCAGAUGAACCACUGACUAAUUAUCAUGUCACUCCUGUUUUUCUGUGGGUAUAUUUUGAGAGGGAAAUGUAAAUGAGGAAUUGGAAAGUGAACACAUGAACAUCUCUGUGUUACAUAUUUGCACCGCCAAAAUGUGUCAUAUGUGUGUGUGUGUUGGUAAAACAGAUAUUAUAAAUAUAAUGAAAGAGAAAGGCAGUCAAUUGUCCAUAGUAUAUGUAUAUGGUUCUCAAGAUAUCUUCAUUAUGAAAUCUCUUCAUUUGUCAGUCUCAGUGACAUGGUGUAAAGUAUAAUGUAACUAUCAUUUGCUCAGUUAGCAAUCUAUUGGUAUGGUAUCGAAUGACUGAAUUGUCAAUGGUGUAGUUGUACAUUAAGAGAUCUGUUAAGUAUUUGUUAUUCAACAAUAUUGUUUCAUCCUGUGAAUGUGAUGUGCUUCUCUGUGUCCUGGCAACAGGCCAUCUCAGGAGCUAGUGAUGCUAGUUAUAAAGGCAUGGACUUCAUAGGGUACGUUGUCAGCAUGAUUCAAGCCCGAUGAUCAACCAUUAAUAAAUCAACUAUGGUA